CAGUCUUUAUAUAGAAUCUAAUCCUCAUUAUUACGAUAAUUAUUGCUUAUUAGUCCUACUAAAAUAGAAUUGCAAUUCCACUUUAAAAUGUCUCCAUCACUUCAACAAUUCUUUAAUUUCUUUCUUAAUCAGUAGCAGCAACUAUUUAAACUGUAGAGUUCAAGAAUUCAAGAAAAACCCAAUAAUGAUGCUGAGAUGGAACAGAAAAAGAUCCCAUUUUCAGUUGGCAGCAUUAGUUUUACUCGUCUUCAUCGGAUUUUCAAUUCUUUACAAUGAAAGCACCAUUCCAAGAAUCCACGACCACCCAGAUCACGUCUCUCGUCGACAACCAAUACCCAUCACUUACAUUCAACCAAAUCUUGCUACAAAUUCUAAUAAAUCUCCAGGGUUUUUGGAUAGGUUUGUUGGGUGCAACUCGACUAAAGAGUACAGUGGUAAGAAAAUUCAAUGGGUUGAUCCAAGAUUGAAGUUUGAUCGGUUGAAGAAGAGUGUGGGGGAAUGUGAUGUGUUUUCUGGUAAAUGGGUGUUUGAUAAUACAUCGUAUCCGUUGUAUAAUGAGUCUGAUUGCCCGUAUAUGUCGGACCAAUUGGCUUGUCAUAAGCAUGGAAGAUCUGACUUGAGAUACCAGUAUUGGAGGUGGCAGCCUCAUGGUUGUAAUUUGAAGAGAUGGAAUGUGUCUGAAAUGUGGGAGAAGUUGAGAGGGAAACGACUUAUGUUUGUAGGCGAUUCGCUGAAUAGAGGACAAUGGAUAUCUAUGGUGUGUUUGUUACAGUCUGUGAUUCCGGCAGAUAAGAGAUCUAUGUCACCAAAUGCUGAGCUUACCAUUUUCAGGGCGGAGGAAUAUAAUGCUACUGUAGAAUUUCUUUGGGCUCCACUUCUUGUUGAUUCUAAUUCUGACGAUCCUGUGAAUCAUAGACUAAGCGAACGAAUAAUGCGUCCAGAUUCUGUUCUUAAGCAUUCGGCAAAGUGGGAGCAUGCUGAUAUACUAGUUUUUAACUCCUACUUGUGGUGGAGACAAGGCCCUGUUAAGUUGUUAUGGAGUCGUGAAGAAAAUGGGGUUUGUGAAGAAUUGGAUGGAUUAGGGGCUAUGGAAAUGGCCAUGGGAUCUUGGGCAGACUGGGUAGCUUCUAAAGUUAAAUUCAGUGAGAAACGGAUCUUCUUUGUUACCAUGUCUCCAACACAUCUCUGGAGCCGGGAGUGGGAGCCUGGAAGUGAAGGAAAUUGCUUUAGUGAGAAGACCCCAAUUGAUUGGGAAGGCUACUGGGGAAGUGGUUCCGACUUGCCUACGAUGCGGAUGGUAGACAGGGUCCUCAGAAAAUUAGGUUCAAGAGUUACUGUUCUCAAUGUUACGCAGCUAUCAGAGUAUCGAAAAGAUGGCCACCCUUCUAUCUACCGAAAAUUUUGGGAGACACUGAGCCCAGAACAAUUAUCAAAGCCAACGACUUACUCUGAUUGCAUACAUUGGUGCUUACCUGGUGUUCCUGAUGUUUGGAAUGAAUUACUGUUCCAUUCUUUUUGAAGGGAUAUAUAAAACACACUUCAAAGAUCUUAGAUCGAAGUUUCGAAUACCGAUACAGACAUAUUGAAUUCAUUUGAGUUAAUUUGUUGGAAGAAAUGAUUCAUACAGUAGUGAACAAGUAAUUAGGGAAGGAAAAAUUCCAAAUUUCAGUACUAAUUUUGUAGUGUGUACCAUCAAUAGAGAAAUUGAUAGGAUUGAACCCUAAAUUCGGGUUCUUUUACAUUGUAUGUUGAUAUUUCAUAUUAUAAAGCUUGAUUUUCCAUCA